AAAAUUGUACCUCUAUAUAAAGAUAAAAAAUCCAAAUUUUGAUGGCUUUUUCACAAUCAAAUUCGAGAGAAUUACAAAACAGGAAAAUCUUAGAAGAAUUGCAACUUAAGAAACAAAUGCUUUUAAAACAAGGUGUGGCACCAACAUUGACUACAUCAUUAGCUGUUACUUCAACAGGUUCCCCUUCUAAUUUGCCUCCUACACAGCCCUCUGAUGGUAUUGCAAUGAGUGCAUCCCAAAGAGCUGCUUUGCACAAUGCACAUGCAGCAUCAUCAGGAUACUUUGUGACACAGGAUUCUUCUUUUGGCAAUCUUAUUUUACCAGUUCUUCCUAGAUUUGAUACUAAAUGAAGAAAUUAAAUUGCAUGCAUUCAGAAAAUGGCUAGCAUUCAUCUUCGCCAUUUAGAAGAAUAUUUGCAACAAUUAGAUGGAUUUAAUAAGCCAAAAAUAUUACUUGAACAAUAUGCUACUAGUGCUCACAUUGCAUCACACAUGUUAUACUGUGCUCAAUCACAAUUCAAUGAUAUAGAGGGGCAUACAGUAGCUGAUUUAGGUUGUGGAUGUGGUAUUUUAUCACUGGGAGCACAGAUGCUUGGAGCAUGUCAUGUUAUUGGAUUUGAAAUAGAUUCUGAUGCACUAGAAAUUCAAUCUAGAAACUGCAGUGAAAUAGAAUUAUUUGUGGAAGCUGUGCAAUGUGAUGUACUUCAGUACCUACCAGGAAGGUUUGAAAAAUACUUUGAUACAGUGGUUAUGAAUCCACCUUUUGGAACAAAGCAUAAUGCAGGUACAGAUAUGAAGUUUUUGGAAAUCGCGACCAAGUUAGCAUCAAAUAGUGUAUAUUCACUACAUAAAACAAGUACACGCAAUUACGUUCUUCAAAAAGCUGCACAAUAUGGAGCCAAAGGCAAAGUUAUUGCAGAACUGAGAUAUGAUUUACCAAAAGUAUAUAAAUUUCAUAAAAAGGCUUCUGUAGAUGUUCAUGUGGAUUUUAUACGAUUUGAAUUAAAUCAGUGAAAUAUUUUUAUGA